CCUCUUGCUCCUGUACUCCCACCUUCUUGCUUAUUCGCCGAACCCAAGCUCAGUUCACAUAUUCUCUAUCACUUUCUUGAUUUUUGCUACAGCGAUCCCUCACCUCUUCUUGCUUAAAAUGACUACGUAUCCGCGCCCGCCAACCAAAGUUCAAAGUAACCGCGACAGCAAGACUACCUUCGGCGUCAGAGUAGAGAAUAUGCCCAUGAAUGUUAAUCGCCAAGAAGUGAUAUCUUUGUUCAAUACGCUGAUAGGCGAUGUUCGUAACUCUGCUGAUGUCAAAGAUGCCGCAGGACACCAUCUUGAUAUCACGUUUUUCAAUCGUGAUGCUUGCAAAAAGGCUCUGUGUAUGUCAGGAUAUACCGUCUCAGGUACACCGCUUUCUGUGAUACCCAUCGCAGAUGAUGGCAGUACGUCCAAACGUCUUGACGAUCGCCGCAACCUAUACGUCCUCGGUUUACCUUUUGAUCUCACGAAGGCCGAGCUAGCAACAAUUUUCUCUCGGUACGGAUCUGUUGCGCAUUGCGUAAUUCUUGCUACAGUGGAUAAUGCUUCUCGCCGACGCGGUUUCGUGGUAAUGUCGAAUCACGACCAAGCUAGGAAUGCAAUGCUCUCGCUCACCCGUAGUCAGAUAAGAGGACACACCAUUGAUAUUUCGUGGGCAAUUGUACAACGUUCUCAAGGUUUUCUAGACGGCGGAGACAGAGCUAUUCUGUUCGAAUCCCAUUGUCACAGUAAUUCCCGUAUGUCUUUGGAAGAUGCCCAAGGAGACAGUCAGCCUUCGCUCUCCGAUAUCACACCGAAUUCUUCCUUUGGAUCAAAUCUUUCAGACAGUGUUGCGUUCACCGUAACAACGCUACCAACGAAUACUCUCCUGAUCGGCGAUCUUCCUGCUCUCUUGUUUUCUCAGCUUUGCGACUUGCAUCCUUUGCUGGACCCCUUUGGAAAGAUCAGUCAACUUGAUAUCAUAGAGUCGCCAUCAGUCUCAGGUACGAUAUCUGUCAGGGUGGAGUACUCGUCGAUUACAAGCGCUCGAGAGGCCAAGGAAGCUCUUCAAGGCCAGUGCUAUGCGAACUAUCGCAUUGAUGUUCAAUAUGUGCAAAUCGCGCCUAGUGUUCUUCCUCAACGAUCACCCGCAAGGCAGUUUGAUGUCGAAGAGCCCUAUUCCGCUGCACCGACUGACGGAUCCUUGACGCAUUUCGCUCCUGCAUUCGGACCAUUCUGCUAUCCUUCGAAUACAUCUUGCAACCAUGGUUGCGCAGUCUACGGCAGCAUAGAGUCGGUUCCUCGAAUCUCUUCCUACCCUUACCAUCAAGCUUUUGGAUAUUCACAUCCUGUUCACUUUCACUCUUGCAACGCGAGGUCCAAUUCCAGAUCUAGUUCUGUUCUCUCUAAAUGGGGAACUGACUCAUUCCUAGGGACUCCUACCCGUCGCCGAUACCCCCUACCUCAUCAGAUUCAAACGAAUGCUUUCUCGCAUUAUGGACCCCUCUACAAUUGAUCAGCAAGAUCUCCAUGCGCUUUCGGACCUCACGAUGAUGAUUGCUCUUUAUGAACUACUCUGCUGUAUUCUGCUCUGAACUCUUGAUAACGGCGUUUCUAUUCUCUGUGUCUGUCAAUUGGGUAUUUUUGUUGUUUCGCAUGUGUAAGAGGGUUGAUUUUCUUCAUGACCAUUGACUUUUGAGACGUCCUGUGGGUUUCAUGGAUAUGAUACUGGAAAGAUGGGAUAUCAUCGAAUCCUUGAUGUAUAAUCAAUACGAAAUGUCAAGAGUUUUAUUAGGUAC